AUGAAUGCCAACACCCUCCGCCCGCCGAGCUGCUGCCGUUACAGCAGCAGCAGCAGUCCGCUGUCCCAGCUGUCGACCUCGACCACCUCGCCCCUCUUCCUCUGGCUCCUCUUCGCACCCGCCGCUCACGCGCAGGGCACAAAUCCCAGCCCCGGCAGCGGCGCCGGCGAUGACGACCCCAGCAACGACACCUCGGAUUCAUCGCUGAGCAGCAACGGCAUGCUCAACCUCUACUUCCUCUUCAUCGCCAUCGCCGUCAUCCUGCUCAUCGUCGCGCUCCUCCUCCUCCAUCGCCGCAAGAAGCGCAGAAAGGCCAUGAUGCGCAACGGCGGCCAAUCCGCGCUGGCACAGGACAUCAACGGCGCGCAAAACAACUCCCGCUGGAACGGUCGCUGGAUGAUGGGCGGAGGAGGGCCGCCACGCACACCGGAAGAAGGGCUCAACGAGCGUGGCGAGGCACCUCCGCCGUACCACCAGCCGCCGGGCGGGCCGCCGCAGUCGGCCUACACUGCUCCCCCCGGCGGACACUAUGCGCCUGCUGGUGCGCCCGUAGUGGCGAUGCCGCCAAUGCCGCCACCGCCCGCGGCGGGCUGGCAGAGCGAGGCGGGCUUGACGAUCCCGAUGCGCACGCUGUCGCGCGACUCGCAAGGAAACAAGCCGCCGGACUACCAAGACACGUUGACGGGACCACCGGGCGCCGGCGGCGAUGGUAACAGCUCGACAGGCAAUCUGCUCAGGAACGAUGGUCAGAUCAACCAAGGCGGAACCCACCGCUGA